UUAGUUCAGUAUUGUGAAGGAAACUGACAUAGCCACAUUCAAAUAAUUCCGUGCAUUUUCCAGUGCAGAAAAUGGCGCAGAAUAAUCUAGAAAUGGGUAUGCGAUGCAUAAAGUACAUGCUGCUAUGUGUCACAGCAAUUUUCGUGCUCACAUCAGCACUAAUAAUCUCCGUCGGCACAACAAUCUACGCGAUCUACUACGAUGUGUCGAUGUUCCUGGACGAUAAGUACUUCUCCCCUGCGACGUUCAUCAUAGUUAUUGGCAUCAUCAUGCUGUUUGUUUCCUUGUUUGGAUGCAUCGGAGCUCUAAAGGAGAGCACAUGCUUGGUUAACAUCUUUGCGGUAAUACUGAGCCUGGUGUUGGUCCUGGAGCUAUCCGCAGCAAUUACUGCGUAUGUGAUGCGUUCUAAAGUCUCAGAUAUGUUGGACGACAAUCUGAGAGCCACAUUACCAUACUACUACGAGAACCCUGAGGUCCAGGCUGCUUAUGACUUCAUCCAAAGCAGAUUAAACUGCUGUGGUGUGGACAGUUACGAAAAUUGGGGAGACGUACACCGCCCACCCACCUACCCAGGCGGCAUCGCAAUCAACAACAUCACGGUCCCCAAUUCCUGCUGCGCCGAGUCAGUGGUCGACGAAGCCUUAGGCAUUGACGAGUGCACCAAGUUAUAUGCCAACGGAUGUUUACCGAGAGUUGUCUAUGUGGUAUACCAGAGCGCUGGACUUCUGGGAGCUGGAGCUAUGACUAUUGCUUUCAUUCAGGUGAUCGGCAUCGUGUUCUCCUUCUCAUUGGCAAGUGCGAUUCGAAAAACCAAAAAUAAUCGCUUACACCGAAGAUGGGAAAUCCAGGAAAGUAUGAUCAAUCCUCACACAUCUCUUAAUCCUAAUCAAGAAAAGAUACGUCCUGUGGUCUACGUUCCUUUUCACGGACAGACAAAUGCUUAAAGAUGCUAAUGAAAAAUGAAAACCAGCAGAAAACUUGAGAUAACAUCAACGAAAUGAUAACGACAAUUUAUUAAAAUAUAUAUAUUUUUAAAAUUGGAUUUUACUAUCUAUGUAAGAGAAGAAUGGCAUUUGUUUAUUGA